CCCAUUUCUGGAAACUCGCCUCCCUCAGCACACGUCCGUAUGCCAACGUCACCCGAUAAAUAGCCCCAAUUGCGUCUUUUGGCUCUUCACUAAAUUGCUCUAUACUAAAUUGCUCUAUUUAUACACUUCUUCACUGCCUCUUUGAACUCGCCUGAGAACUCCAAAUCAUCCUCUUCAAUUCAAGCAGAGUUGAUCAUCCCUCUUUCUCUUUCUCAGUAAUGGAAGAUGGAACAGAAGAAGCUCUUCUUGAUAAAAUAAAUCGAAAACUCCAAGAUCCUGCUUUAAUAAACAGUUCAAGCCGUAGGAUUUUCAUGGUGCCUAAUCCUUUGCGCGAGAUAAAUGAAAAGGCCUAUGACCCUCUAGUGAUCUCCAUUGGCCCUUACCACUAUGGUAAAAAGCACCUGAAGGCAAUGGAGGUGCAGAAAAUGAAAAGUCUAAAAUCGAUUCUUGAUCGCGGAAGAGAAAAUAGUGUGGACAAAUAUGUGAUGGCCUUGAAAGAAAUGGAAGAAGAAAUUCGCAGAUUUUAUUCAGAAAAUCUGGAUCAUAUUGAUAGACAAGACCUGGUAGAAAUGAUGCUUCUUGAUGGAUUCUUUAUCAUUGACUUUAUUUCCUCUACAAAUGAGCUUACAGAUUUUCAUCGGAGAAAUGUAAUGCGCGAUCUGCUGCUAGUUGAAAAUCAACUUCCUUUCUCUGUACUCUCCACGUUACAUUCCCUGUCUAUGGAUCAGAGGGGUCUGAACAGAGAUGUAAAGGACAUCUUUGUCGAAGCUGUAAUUAUUUGCUUCAAUGGAAUGGUGCCAGCACUUCCAAUUAUAGAACGUCCCCGGAAUCAAGGAAUAAUGAAGCCACCACCUCCAAGUGAAGUACGUGCCAGGGAUCUGGACGCCAAGGAUAUGCUCGGCUUUCUCCAUGAUAAUGUAAUUCGUACAUCUCGAAGGCGAGUUCGUUCAGCAACGGCAAGUUCUCCAUGGUGGCGGCGCUGUUUAGCGUGGGCAAGUAGGCUGCCAUUUGCACACCGGCUGCCCUGUUUAGCACCGGUACGGACGCCGCCGCGCGACAGGCCAGUUAAAUGUUCAGCAUCAGCAGAGGAACCGGAAUGGGCACCGGCAGGAAUAUAUGAACUGCGAAAAUGGCGUUUCAUUUGUUCUGCAACUGAGCUCAAUGAGGCCGGGAUCAAGUUCCAGAAAAAAGAGGGGAAAUUGUUUGAUAUAGAGUUUCAAAAUGGGGUGAUGUCAAUUCCAACCCUAAUAAUCGAUGAUUAUACAGAAUCCAUCUUUCGAAAUAUCGUUGCUUAUGAACAGUACGACGUGGGUGUUAUCUCACAACCCUUCACGGAUUAUAUUACAUUCAUGGAUUGCCUCAUCAACACAGGAAAGGACGUUGGAUUACUUUGUCGCUGUGGAGUUCUUGAUAAUUGGUUGGGUGAUCAUGAAGUCGUUGCCACCAUGUUUAACAGACUCCGCGACUCUGUUUUGAUCUCAGCAGUGCGCUUCCACUACUCCGAGAUAUUCAUCGGAGUGAACAAACAUUGCGACAGAGAGUGGAACCAGUGGAAGGCAAACUUAAGGCACAAUUACUUUAACACUCCGUGGGCAUCAAUUUCCGUCAUUGCUGCAGUUAUCUUGCUUCUACUUACUGUGCUGCAAAGUGUAUAUUCAGUUCUCGCUUACCAUCAUCCGCGGUAAGUAUGGGAAAGCUCCUCUCUAGAUAAUAGAGGCAGGAAUAUGGAGGGGUAUCAAGAGUGAAAGUCGUGUUCCAUUUAAACCACAUGUUAUAUUUGCUGUUAUAGGGUUUGGCAACAAGUGAACUUAGAAGUUCACACAAUUAUUUACCCGUUUGACUAUUUCUACAAGGUAAUAUCAUGUUAUGUGGGUAUGUACGGAGUUAUCUUUUAUUGGUAUUCUAUUAUUGUAUAAAAAAAUAAAAAAAUUAUGUUACA